UUGGGGUUCAGACUUAAUUGGCAUAGCAAUCAACUUAGCAGGGAAAAGGAUUGGCUCUCUCUCUCUCUCUCUCUCUCUCGCUCUCUCUCUCUCUCUCUCCAUUUAAUGGCUGAUCCUGGUGCUGAAAUGGUUGUGGUGGUAGAUGGUGUAGGAAGGGAGAGAGGCAGAGAGUACAGGAAAGGAAAUUGGACACUUGAUGAGACACUCGCUCUGAUAGAAGCCAAGAAGCUUGAUGACGAAAGAAGAUUGAGAGGUGGUGGGCAAGGAGAAAGGAGGCAACCAACAGAGCUAAGAUGGAAGUGCGUGGAGAACUACUGCUGGAAGAAAGGGUGCUUUAGGAGUCAGAAUCAAUGCAAUGAUAAGUGGGAUAACUUGCUGAGAGACUACAAGAAGGUGAGGGAGUACGAAAUGAGGCUUGUGAAGGGGCAGGGGCAGGCCUCUUACUGGGUGAUGGAUAGGCAUGAAAGGAGGGAAAGGAACCUGCCCAGCAAUCUAUUGCCUCAGAUUUACGAGGCAUUGGUUGUUGUGGUUGGGAGAGGAUCUUCAUCCAGAACAGAUCAACCGAAGCCAGACAUCACUUUGGCUGUGGGUAAAACUGUUGCUAGUGGUAGUUUCCAAGCAGUGCCUUCAUAUUCAGUAGAACAUGGCCACCUUCCAAUUCCAAAUUCAACACUCCCUGCUCUUUUACAUGACCCGCCACCACCACAACCACCCUUAUUAGCUAUAGAUUUGGAGGGAAGUGAACAUUCAAGUUCUCCCUCGAAGAAGAGAAAAGCCCAACAAAAGCAAGUUGACAACGAUGAACUGGACACGUUGGGCUCUGCAAUCUCCAAGAGUGCUUCCAUUAUCGCCGACACUCUUUUGGCAUGUGAAGAGAAAGAGGAGAAGAGGCAGAGGGAUCUCAUUCAUUUAGAAGAGAGGAGGCUGAGGAUUGAAGAAGCCAACGCAGAAGUGAAUAGAGAAGGGCUCAAUGGCAUUGCGGGGGCUCUCGCCAAGCUUGCCAAUUCCUUCCAUGCAUUGACGACGCACAAAAAACCCGCUGGAUAGCAGAAAUUUGCUAUCAGCCAUCUAAAAUGGAGAAUAAUAAAGGUGGUUGGCGUCUUUGGCGUUGAAUUUGUCUCAACAUGCUCUCUCUCUCUCUCUCUCUCCACCCUCUGGCAUGUCCUGGUGGAAUUGAACUUGGCUCGACAGAAUCACAGAUGUUUUUAGUAAUGCAGUCAUCUGGAAAUCCCUGAGUCUUCUUAAUAAUGGAUCUCUCUCUCUCUCUCUCUCUCUCUUCUCUGCAAUUGUUAUCUGAUUUAAACAUCAGAGUGCCAGUGUAGGGUUGCCGUCCAACAUACUGGGGACGUUUGUGAUUCUACAGAAGUCAAAAAUUCACUACC